GAAAACGCAGCAGUUUUCGACCGCAAUCGUGAAACAACCUCUACCGACCUUCCUUUCAUUCCCGUAAUCCGUCUGCGUAGGGUGUGCUCCGGAGCUAGUCUCGGCACACAUUUUAUUAUUAUGAAACAAACUAAAAGCUAGAGCGCACACGCAGACAUAUUUUUAUAAGAAAAAUAAAAAUCGGUGAAGCAGGAUUUAAUUUGCCAAACCCAAGCAACGCAAAGAAGACACUGCCUUCGAAAAAACAACGAAAGACGGAACGAGAGGAACGGUAGCACGUUGAGCAGCUAGCGUCAUUGUUGAAAGCGUGUGUGAUUAGCGUUAGCCAGUUUUACUGCUAACCACUUAUUUUUCCCUUUUAGGGAUUUGUCAUCCCAGUUAGUAUUAAAAGCGAGGACUGUUGCUUCGUAUACUGACUCGGCUUACUGACUGGGGAAGAGAACAGAUUCAGAAUUGUGAAGUGUGCGAGCCACAUUGAUUAGGCCACGCUCCGGCAUUUGCUAAUCAAGCUAACUAGCCCACGUUGCUAACUGUUAAAAAGCUAGCUUUAGUGUUGGCGCUCCGAUUUAUUUUUGUGAAGCUAACUGAGACCAAGCAAACAGUCCCUCCUUAUAGAGGGCUGGCAAAGGCUGACGGGUUUUUAGACAUAUCAAACUAUUGCAAUCCCACAUUUGUCUUAUUGAGAACACGCGUGGUCGGAUAUGAAUCCCAGCGCGCCCAGCUACCCAAUGGCCUCCCUCUAUGUGGGAGACCUGCACCCAGAUGUUACCGAGGCGAUGCUCUACGAGAAAUUCAGCCCGGCUGGACCCAUCCUGUCCAUCAGAGUGUGCAGAGACAUGAUCACCCGCCGAUCCCUCGGCUAUGCCUAUGUCAACUUCCAGCAGCCAGCAGAUGCUGAGCGAGCCCUGGACACCAUGAAUUUUGAUGUGAUCAAAGGCAGACCACUCCGCAUCAUGUGGUCUCAGCGUGACCCCUCCCUGAGGAAGAGUGGAGUGGGCAACAUCUUCAUCAAGAACCUGGACAAGUCCAUUGAUAACAAGGCGCUCUAUGACACCUUCUCUGCAUUUGGAAAUAUCCUUUCCUGCAAGGUGGUUUGUGAUGAAAAUGGCUCAAAGGGUUACGGCUUUGUGCACUUUGAGACCCACGAGGCUGCUGAGCGGGCCAUUGAGAAAAUGAAUGGCAUGUUGCUCAAUGACAGAAAAGUAUUUGUUGGACGCUUUAAAUCCCGUAAAGAAAGGGAGGCUGAGCUUGGAGCACGUGCCAGAGAGUUCACCAACGUUUACAUCAAGAACUUCGGGGAGGACAUGGAUGAUGAGAAGCUAAAGGAGUUGUUUGGCAAAUAUGGUCCAGCACUCAGUAUCCGGGUUAUGACUGAUGAAAGUGGCAAAUCCAAGGGAUUUGGCUUUGUUAGUUUCGAGAGACACGAAGAUGCACAAAAGGCUGUGGAUGACAUGAACGGCAAAGAAAUGAAUGGCAGGCAAGUGUAUGUGGGCCGUGCACAGAAGAAAGGGGAGCGCCAGAACGAACUCAAGCGCAAAUUUGAGCAGAUGAAACAAGAUCGCAUGACCAGAUACCAGGGUGUCAAUCUGUAUGUGAAAAACCUGGAUGAUGGUCUGGAUGACGAGCGUCUGCGUAAAGAGUUCUCUCCAUUUGGAACCAUAACAAGCGCCAAGGUGAUGAUGGAGGGUGGUCGCAGCAAAGGCUUUGGAUUUGUGUGCUUCUCUUCCCCAGAAGAGGCAACUAAAGCUGUAACGGAGAUGAAUGGUCGAAUUGUUGCAACAAAGCCACUGUAUGUGGCCCUGGCCCAGCGUAAAGAAGAGCGUCAAGCCCAUCUAACCAAUCAGUACAUGCAGAGGAUGGCCACUGUCCGUGCUGUGCCCAACCCUGUCCUCAACCCUUACCAGCCUGCCCCACCCUCAGGCUAUUUCAUGGCUGCUAUACCUCAGGCCCAGAACCGUGCUGCUUACUACUCUGCCAACCAGCUGGCACAGCUCCGCCCAAGCCCCCGUUGGGCCACUCAGGGAGCGCGUCCUCCGCACUUCCAAAAUAUGCCCAGUGCCAUGCGCCCAUCAGCUCCCAGGCCACAGCCUUUUAACACCAUCCGUCCCACCACUACCACCAACACUCAGGUGCCACGCAUGAUGGCUUCUCAGCGUAUGCCCAACCAGGCCCUCAGCCAGCGCCCUGCCAGUGCUUCAGCCACUGCUGCCCCAGUGCGUGCCAUGCCCCAGUAUAAAUAUGCUGCCGGUGUGCGCAACCCCCAGCAGCAUAUGGCGUCCCAGCCACAGGUCACCAUGCAACAGCCCGCUGUCCAUGUCCAAGGACAGGAGCCCCUGACUGCCUCCAUGCUGGCUGCUGCCCCUCCUCAGGAACAGAAGCAGAUGCUUGGUGAGCGUCUGUUCCCCCUGAUCCAGAACAUGCACCCCAGCCUGGCGGGCAAGAUCACUGGUAUGCUACUGGAGAUCGACAACUCGGAGCUUCUUCACAUGCUCGAGUCACCCGAGUCACUUCGCUCGAAGGUGGAUGAGGCUGUUGCUGUGCUUCAGGCCCACCAGGCCAAGGAGGCUGCUCAGAAGUCCACCACCCCUGCUGGUGUUCCCAGUGUCUAAGAUCGAGCAUUUUGAAACCUGCUUCACCGAUGGAAAAAGAGAAAAAAAUAUUAAACAUUGAAAAACCUAAAACUCUGAAAACAUCGCAAAAUGAUAAAUUAUUUCUUAUAAAAAAAGAAAACAAUUGACUUUGCCAGGUCUAGGGAUGGUUUGGCUAGACCUUGAUCAUAAACAAAAAUUUGUUGGAAAAAAAAAUAGCAAAAUAGAGAAAAUUGAAUUUAUGAAUUUGAAUGCAUUCCUCUGUUUUAUGUCAUUUUACUGUCAGUGCAAAGAAUAUCAGCCAUGUUCACGAAAGUGGUAGCUGAGUGAUUUGAAAGGUGAUUUGUAUCGUAAACUACAGGCUGUAAUAAAUUCUCAUUCAAAAGAU